CUACACAAGUUUAAAUAUCACAACAUCGGGAGGUUGAAGAGGUUCGUCGUCUUUAUAUCAUGGAAUCGUCCAUCAAAGGAAGGGCCAAACGCAGGCACCUGGGGCCCUCAGAAUGUGAUGAACUGGUGCAAAGCAACGCAGGGAACCAGUCUCUCACUCAGCCAUUUAAUGUCAAGCUUAGCAACAGUGAUCCAAACCGAAGACUUCAGCCCAGGACACCCACCAAAAGAAGCAGACAAGCUUCAGGUGGUGUGGACCAACAGAGGGGCAUCACAGAAUUCUUCUCUGUCACUGGAGUCAUAAGCACCAGCCCCCAAAAAGGAACCCAGACUCCAGUGAAGGAGGAAGAAGAGGAACCCAUCGGACCUCUCAUCCCAGAAGAGGAUAAGAUGGAGGACUUUAUGGAAGGAAUCACUGAGGACAUGUUCGACGAGGACUUUGAGGUUGGAACCACAUUAGUCAAAAAAGAAGAAUUGGUGGAAAAAGAAGAGCAUGAGGAGGACCUGGUUGAAGCCCUUCCUGAUGCCCACUACGGGCUGCUGGGAGUGCAGGGAGGACAGGAGGUUCCCCAGGGUCACGUUCAGGACCUGCCCGAGGAGAUCCUGAGGGAAAUGUUCUCUUACCUCCCAGCAGAUGAUCUCUAUCGACACAUCAGCCUGGUGUGCCAUCGCUGGAGGGCCGUCGUCAUUGACCCCCAGUUUCUACCUUGGAAGAAGUUGUACUGCAGAUACCGUAAACGGGAAAAAGAGGCGCUGAAGGAAGUCAAAUCUAUCCUGCAUGAUAAUAACAUUAUCAAAAAGGAAGACCUCUGUCUUCUUAAUAUGGUGAGGUACAUGUCGCAGUUCAAACACAGCAAACGGGUGAAUGUGAAGGACGUGUUUGAAUGUGUGAAAGGACAUCGGCUCUACGCUCACGCUGAAGGCUGCAUCAAAGACAGACUGCCAGACAUGGCGGAUGAUGAGGGUACAAACCCUUGGUCUACCAUGGCCCUGAUGUUGAUUUUGGCUGACGGAGUGAAGGAUGUCUUGGAUCUGGUAGCUCUCUUGCGGAAGUCUGGGUGUCUGCUGACAGCAGGAGGAAUCUCGGAGUACCUGUGGGCCAUGGCCACUUUGCUCCUGGCCAUGAGAGAUAAUAAUAUUAACAUAAGCAACAGGUGGCAUUACAACAUCUUCUACGUACUGCACUUAAUGGAGAACGCACCGCCUCCUCCAAGCUUGCAUGACAAGAGACAGCACACCACUCACGAGCAACAGCAGAUUCUCAACCAUGACAUCCAGAAUCAUCAUGUUGUUAAAAUAAUGGCUUUUGCAGGCACUGGAAAGACGACCACACUCGUGAAGUACGCUCAGCAAAGACCACAGAUGCGCUUCCUCUACCUGGCCUUCAACAAAUCCGUGGCGAUGCAAGCUCAGCGUUUGUUUCCGCACAACGUCGAAUGUAGUACCAUCCAUUCAAUGGCCUUCAGAGCUGUGGGACUGAGGUAUAAAAAUAUGCGGAAACUGUCCAAUAAUUUGCAGCCGUUUGAUGUGGCGUGGGUCUUGCCUAAAGGACAAGGGGGAUUCGUCAAAGCUAAAGUGGUGACGCAAACCCUCAACAACUACUGGGCGUCCAUAGACCAGCGGGUUGGUCCUCAACACGUUCCGCCAGAGUACAAGAACACACACGGCAAGACUGAAUACCCAGACGAUCAACAAAGAAUGAAUUUUGCAGGUAUCGCACAGAAUUUAUGGGACCAAAUGGUAGAGCUGACCAAAAAAGAGAGAGUGUACAACAUGACCCAUGAUGGAUACCUCAAACUCUGGCAGCUGACGAGACCAGAGCUGGACCGGUAUGAUGCCAUAUUUAUUGAUGAAGCUCAAGACUGCACACCAGUCAUCGUGGACAUUAUGCUCUCUCAGAGCUGUGGGAAAAUCCUGGUUGGAGAUCCUCAUCAACAGAUUUACACUUUCAGAGGAGCGGUCAAUGCUUUGCAUGCUGUUCCUCACACACACAUCUACUAUCUCACCCAGAGCUUCAGGUUUGGUUCUGAGAUUGCCUACGUUGGUGCUACAAUAUUGGACUGUUGUAAAAAAGUGAAGCAGAUAUUGGUUGGUGGGAAUCAGGAUGGGAGUGUAAGAGGAGAGGACACACAAACACUGCAAUGUCUGAACAUGGGACAGAGGCUGCCAGAAGGGAGCGUGGCCAUUCUGAGCCGCUGUAAUGUCACUGUUUUUAGUGAGGCUGUCCGACUCACAGACGUCAACCCCAGCUGCAAGAUCUACAUUGUGGGAGGUGUUGAAAACUUUGGACUGGAAAAAAUUAUGGAUCUCUGGGUCCUGAUGCAACCAGAGGACAAACGCAAGAAGGAGAGCCUUGUGAUCAAGGAUUUCUUCAUCCGAGGUUUCUGCAGAGAUAAGAUGGGUGGAUUCAUGGGUCUGAAGGGAUACGCCAUGGCCUCAGAAGACCGCGAGCUGGAGGGCAAGCUAGCCAUGGUGGAGAAAUUCAACAAACGCAUUCCAGAGCUGGUCAAACGGAUUUAUGAUCGUGCCCAGAAAAGCCUGCUUGGCGCAGAUUUUAUCCUUGGUACGGUGCAUAAGUCAAAAGGCCUGGAGUUUGACACAGUGGUUGUGACAGAUGACUUCAUGAAAGUACCAUGCACUCGACACAACCUGCAGAGAGUGGGCGGUUUCAACGCAGCAAACGUCCUAGAUGACGAGUGGAACCUGUUAUAUGUGGCGAUCACACGAGCCAAGAGAACGCUGUACAUCACCAAGACCAUCAGCAACAUCCUCACAUUCCCUGGGGAGUACUUCCUGAGGUCAGAGCUGACCAGCACUCUGCUGAGUAAAGACCCGUCUCUCGUCUGCUCCACCGAGGACUGUCAGAACCACAUCAUCGCAGACUCCAUCCUCAGCAUGUGCAAACUCCCUGUCAGAUAUAUGGACAGCUCUGACAUGGGUGGCGUUCUGUGUUUGACCUGUGUGGAGCAGCGUGUGGGACCUACAGCAUUCCUGCUCUCUCCUCCUGAACGGGUCAGAUCCAUGACCUAUACCAAUGAAAGAAUCGAGCUGCCCAUCAAUGUCAACAUGCUCUUAUCUUUACUUUAAACGCCAUCGUGUGUUCGGAUCAUUUAAGUGGCCCUUUGACUUUGUGUCUUUUGUAGUGCUUUUGUAAAGUUCAUGUUUGUGGAUUAUUCUAGUCUGCUGUGCAUUUAUUUUUAUAUUUUUACAAUUUUUAGUUAUAUUUAUUUUAGUGUUUAGUAACCAUUUUGAUACUUUAAAAAAAAAAAAGAUUUAAGUUUUUCAUCUGCAAAAUGUUUUUGCCCCUCUCCUUUCAUCAUUCUACUGGUUCUCCCACAUUGCGACUUGCCCUUUUUGGAACAGUAAACAUUGACGUCACUGUUUUUAGGUGGAGAAUAAGCAGUGGCUUUUUCUGGCAGCUUUAGAAGGACCUCUUCAAGCCCUUGAUACCUAUAGUAUUACAGCUGUUGUAAAUGACACAAUAGUUGAUGAGCAACACUAAUCUUUAAGAUUGUAUUUACUGUAUGUCCAUGUUUGUAAAAUCAGUGAUGUGUGGAAAGAAAAAUAACCAUUCCUACACAGAGUAUCACAUAAAGACGGAUGGUAUAAUA